CACCAAACGCGGAUGUAGUUUCUUUCUCCACGCACCAGACGUGUUUGUGUUUGUGUGUGCUUCAUUUUGAUUUUUUCUUUUUUCUUUUCAAAAAUCUUUCGUGGUUACCUCAAAAGGCAGAAAUGGGGAAUGAGAAGAGAGAGAAGAUUAAUGGUUUGAAAGGAUGUCAGCCGGAGGAAGAGGAGGAUGACAAGGAAGUUGAGGAAAAGAUGGACAAGUUCUAUGCCCUAAUAAGAAGCUUUCGAGACGCUCGCGAUCGCAGAAGGAAUGAAUUAUUGAAAGAAAUGGAGAUUAACAACAACAACAACAACAAAAAGAGGAAGGCGGCAGAGCAGCAAACUGUGACUUGUUUGGCCCCGUCGUUUAGAAUGGAAGAUUUCACUCAACAAGGGGAGGCUGAAUUCAAGAGGACGCCUCUGAAAUUCCCCCCUGCUCCCUCCAAGAUUCAUGAACCUGAUGAUGAUGAUCUACUAGAUAAAGAAUCUGGCUUGGACCUUAAACUUGCACUCUGAAUGACGUAAUUUAUUAAUUUCUCCAAAAACUAGUUCGAGCUUUCUUUGAUUUUUUGACUGCGUGUUAGCAUCCGGAAUACAAUUUUAUGUACUGAUGCGUAGUGCUGAGUAAUGGAGAAUCUGUUAUUAGUGAUUUCA